CGGAGGCGGCUGUGGCGUUGGCCCGCCUGCUCGUUCUCUCGCUUUCCCCGCCCCCGUCAGGUUUGCCGUGGCUGAAAGGAGCCGGGCGCGCGCUGUCGCAACCUGUCCUCCUCCCAGGCGGCGACGGAAGGGCCGGCCCGGCAUCGAGACCAGCCUCCCCGUCCGGGCAGCUGCGGCGAGGGCUCCGCGGGGCGCAGGCGGGCUCAGGGCGGCUGAAGGUUACCGAGUGCAUGAGCACCUAGUCUCCCGCGCUGCCCCGCCCGCCGGCCCGCCGGCCCUCCCGCCGGCUCGCCCGCCAGCCCCUCGCCACCCGGCGGCGGCCGCAGCUUCGGCCGCAGGAGGCGCCGUCUCGCUCCCAGGUGCGCGCUUCGUUCCCGGAGCCGCGGAGCUCGGCGGCCGCCAUGGCGUCCAACAUGGACCGGGAGAUGAUCCUUGCGGAUUUUCAGGCAUGUACUGGUAUUGAAAACAUCGAUGAAGCUAUAACACUGCUUGAGCAAAAUAACUGGGACUUGGUGGCAGCUAUCAAUGGUGUAAUACCCCAGGAAAAUGGCAUUCUACAAAGUGACUUUGGAGGUGAGACCAUGCCAGGACCCACAUUUGAUCCAGCAAGUCACCCUGCUCCAGCUCCAACUCCCUCUUCUUCAGCAUUUCGACCUGUAAUGCCAUCCAGGCAGAUUGUAGAAAGGCAGCCUCGAAUGUUAGACUUCAGAGUUGAAUACAGAGACAGAAAUGUUGAUGUGGUACUUGAAGACAGCUGUACUGUUGGAGAGAUUAAACAGAUUCUAGAAAAUGAACUUCAGAUACCUGUGCCUAAAAUGCUGUUAAAAGGCUGGAAGACUGGAGACGUGGAAGACAGUACGGUCUUAAAAUCACUACACUUGCCAAAAAACAACAGUCUUUAUGUCCUCACACCAGACUUACCACCACCUUCAUCAUCCAGUCAUGCUGGUGCCCUGCAGGAAUCAUUAAAUCAAAACUUCAUGCUGAUCAUCACCCACCGAGAGGUCCAGCGGGAGUACAACCUGAACUUCUCAGGAAGCAGUACCGUUCAAGAGGUAAAGAGAAAUGUGUAUGACCUUACAAGCAUACCUGUUCGACAUCAGUUAUGGGAGGGCUGGCCAGCUUCUGCCACCGAUGAUUCAAUGUGUCUUGCUGAAUCAGGACUCUCUUAUCCCUGUCAUCGACUAACUGUGGGAAGAAGAACUUCACCCGUACAGACUCGUGAGCAAUCAGAAGAGCAAAGCACGGAUGUUCAUAUGGUUAGUGAUAGUGACGGAGAUGACUUUGAAGAUGCUUCAGAAUUUGGAGUGGAUGAUGGAGAAGUAUUUGGCAUGGCAUCAUCUACCCUGAGAAAAUCUCCAAUGAUGCCAGAAAACGCAGAAAAUGAAGGAGAUGCCUUAUUACAAUUUACAGCAGAGUUUUCUUCAAGAUAUGGUGACUGCCAUCCUGUAUUUUUUAUUGGCUCAUUAGAAGCUGCUUUCCAAGAGGCCUUCUAUGUGAAAGCCCGAGACAGAAAGCUUCUUGCUAUCUACCUCCACCAUGAUGAAAGUGUACUAACCAACGUGUUCUGCUCACAAAUGCUUUGUGCUGAAUCCAUUGUUUCUUAUCUGAGUCAAAAUUUUAUAACCUGGGCUUGGGAUCUGACAAAGGAUGCCAACAGAGCAAGAUUUCUGACAAUGUGCAAUAGACACUUUGGCAGCGUAAUUGCACAAACCAUUCGCACUCAAAAGACGGAUCAAUUUCCACUUUUCCUGAUUAUCAUGGGAAAGCGAUCAUCUAAUGAAGUGUUAAAUGUGAUACAAGGUAAUACAACAGUGGAUGAGUUAAUGAUGAGACUCAUGGCCGCAAUGGAGAUUUUCUCAGCUCAGCAACAGGAAGACAUAAAGGAUGAGGAUGAACGUGAAGCCAGAGAAAAUGUGAAGAGAGAGCAAGAUGAGGCCUAUCGCCUUUCCCUUGAAGCUGACAGAGCAAAGAGAGAAGCUCAUGAGAGAGAGAUGGCAGAACAGUUUCGUUUGGAGCAGAUUCGCAAAGAGCAAGAAGAGGAGCGCGAGGCCAUCAGACUCUCCUUAGAACAAGCCCUGCCUCCAGAGCCACAGGAGGAAAAUGCUGAGCCUGUUAGCAAGCUUCGGAUUCGAACCCCCAGCGGCGAGUUCCUGGAACGGCGUUUCCUGGCCAGCAAUAAGCUCCAGAUUGUCUUUGAUUUCGUGGCUUCCAAGGGAUUUCCAUGGGAUGAGUUCAAGUUACUGAGCACCUUUCCUAGAAGAGACGUAACUCAGCUAGACCCCAAUAAGUCAUUAUUGGAGGUAAACUUGUUCCCUCAAGAAACCCUUUUCCUUCAAGCAAAAGAGUAAACAUGACUGAGUGGUAGAAGCAGCCACUCCUGACAAGCCAGCGGCACGUGCCAAGAGAUGGGCUCCUCACCAACCCACCUACAUGCUCGUGUCACUCAGUUCAAUGUCACACUUCUGCCUCUUGCAAGAUUGCUGGAAAAAAGUAAUAAACAUAGCUACUUAAAAUUUCCCAUCCAUGAGUAUAUAUUCCCCGUUCCUCAUGAUGGAGCACCACAAUUCCAUUGCCCUCUCCUGAUACCUGCCCUUUGCCCUUGUUUAAUGACUAAUGUUCUGUUGUGUGCAAGUGGCCCUGGGGGAACUUAACCCAUCUUUCCCUCAUUGUCCAGGACAGUUCUUUCUGUCCUUGACAUCAGGAUGCUGUCUGUAUAUUUGAUAUGUCUCAUUGAGCCAGGGCUCAUGCCCUCUGGCUUUUCAUGCCUUUAACUGUGUUUUAAGUUUAGCACCUAAUUUUAAAAGGGGCAAAAAAAAAAAAAGUCAAAUGGGACAUUUUUGGCCUGAACAUCAGACACUUUGGGGUAGAGGAGUGUAUCAUAUAUCUGACACCUUUACUGAGAUUUUUGUUACAUAUUCAAGGUUUUUACAUACUCCUGUCAUGAACUCCAUAUUCCAUCUUGGAGGGAUUUGUUUGUUUGUUUGUUUGUUUGUUUCAUUGCAGCUUGGGAAACUAUUCAAGUACACAAUGUGUUGAGAUCGUGUACAGAGAGUGCUGGUACCAAGACUGGUAUAGGCCAGUUGUGUCAAGCUGCUCUUCAGCUUGUAUUGAGGCACUUAGAACUUCCUAGAUACCUGCUCCCGAAUUGCUAGUGUCUCAGUUUACACUACACACAGUUUUCCUGCCUUUUCUCCCACUACAACUUUAUACAUCUGGACCUUGUUACUUGGUGGAGUGGUUUGUUUGUUUGUUUUUGUUUUUCACUUUUUAGGCUUUGGAUACCAGAGCUCACUAUGUAGCUCAGAGGUGUGGCCUCAGACCUUUAGUAAUCUGCUUCACUCUCCAAGUGCCAAGAUUCCAGGCAUGCCCCACAAUACCUAGCCAGCAUUUGGUGUUUUAAACACCUUGUCCAUUGCCAAAAUCUGACCAGCUGCCCCGUGGGCUCUCUUGCAAUAAGGGACUUGCUCUAUGAUUUUAGUUUCUGAGUGUUUUAAUAUUAGAUAUUGAAUUUAUAACCCAAAUAAAAGGAAUCUCAUUCUUUGGCUAAAAAUUCAGACUUAAUAUGUUUAGGAGAACAAAUGUGGGGGCUUAGCCUAGAAUACAUGUGUUGCCAGAAUUGAUACAUAGUAAUCUUGGAUUUGAUUUAGUAGAAGUGCACUUUGUUAAUCUAUGGAUUUAAGGUUUGGGGUAGUUCAUAAGAAUAUUAUUUAUAUCUUCAUAGUCUUUUAGUCCUGAAAUGUUCUUUAUGGUGUUUUUUGUGUCAUCUCCAGUCUUUAUCCUAAGAGCUGACCUACCAGUCUGGUUAUUUUGUAAGUGUGUGUUUCCCUGGGACCAUUAUGGGGUUCUAAGAAGACUUUAACCAAAGCUGAAGAUGUGUCUGGUCACUUUUCCCUCUACUCAAAAAGUAUUGGCCAAGGAAGUUCACCUGUUUUUCUCUGAUGCUCAGCCAUGAACAUCCUCUGAAAACUCUUCUAAGAGAUUGUUCCCAAUACCACUACGCUUUAUCUGCCAACUGACUGAAAAGGGAGCUCUGUGAGGGGGGCUCCACCUAAGCAGUUCCUCUCCGACGCUGUCCCUUCCUUCUCAAUCGAGUGGCACCACAAGAUGUCAUUUCUGAAGCUGCAGCUGUGCUAGGGCACCAGCUCUUCUUUUUCCACCUAGACUUUGUUCUAUAGCUGCUGUGAGAAGCCACAGCCCUGUACUCAAACCGCAGUCAAAAACAGCAGCCAGGGUGUGGGCAGGUAUUUGAGUGCAAUCUCAGAGUUCUUAUGUCUAACCUGUCCCUCUGAUUUGGAUGUGGCUUCAUUACAUGGUUCCCUACCGUUCCUGUUUACUUCUGUAUACCAACAUAUAGACUUUACUCUGAACCCAAUUUCGUAACAGUUAUUAAAUGUUACUUGAAUGUG